CACAAAAAAUUUCAGACUAAACCAAAAAUAUCUUCAAGGGGAAAAGAAGCAAAUAAUGGAAACCAAAGCCCUAAUUUUCACAGUUCUCUUCAUCGUUCUUACUCUCAGAUUCUUGAUCAGGAAACUCAAGCGACACCCUAACCUCCCUCCCUCUCCGCCAUGGUCUUUGCCGGUGAUCGGUCACCUCCGCCUCCUCAAACCGCCGAUCCACAGAACUUUCCUCUCCAUAUCUCAGUCUCUCGGCGACGCUCCCAUCUUCUCCCUCCGCCUCGGAAAACGACUCGUUUUCGUGAACUCCUCACACUCCAUCGCCGAGGAGUGCUUCACCAAGAACGACGUCGUCCUAGCGAACCGUCCGAACUUCAUCCUCGCCAAGCACGUCGCGUAUGACUACACAACCGUGAUCGCAGCUUCCUACGGGGACCACUGGAGGAACCUCCGCCGCAUCGGCUCCCUCGAGAUAUUCUCCAAUCAUCGGCUCAACAGCUUCUUGUCUAUCCGUAAGGACGAGAUCCGGCGGUUGAUACUACGUCUCUCCAGAAACUUUUCACAAGAAUUUGCAAAGGUGGAGAUGAAGUCAAUGUUAUCCGACUUAACAUUCAACAACAUCAUCAGAAUGGUGGCUGGAAAACGUUACUAUGGAGACGGUGUUGAGGAGGAUCCAGAGGCUAAACAAGUCCGGCAGCUCAUCGCGGAUGUGGUGACUCUAGCUGGCGCCGGGAACGCUGUUGAUUACUUACCGUUCUUGCGUUGGGUUUCAGAUUACGAGAAACGUGUCAUGAAGCUAUCGAGUAGGCUUGACGAGUUCUUGCAAGGGUUGGUCGAUGAGAAACGGGAAGCUAAAGAGAAGGGCAACACGAUGGUCGAUCACUUGCUUUCUCUGCAAGAAAAUCAGCCUGAUUACUUCACUGAUCGCAUCAUCAAAGGAAACAUGCUUUCCUUGAUACUAGCGGGGACUGAUACAUCAGCGGUGACACUAGAAUGGGCAUUGUCGAACUUGUUAAACCAUCCGGAGGUAUUGAAAAAGGCAAGAGAUGAGAUUGAUAGAAAAGUCGGUUUAGACAGGCUUAUAGACGAAUCAGACAUCUCGAAUCUGCCUUAUCUCCAAAACAUUGUCUCUGAAACGUUACGCAUGUACCCUGCCGUCCCCAUGCUGCUUCCUCACGUGGCCUCGGAAGAUUGUAAGGUAGGUGGAUACGAUAUGCCUAGUGGGACGAUACUGUUGACCAACGCGUGGGCUAUACACAGAGAUCCUCAGCUAUGGGAAGAUCCCACGAGUUUCAAGCCAGAGAGGUUCGAGAAAGAAGGAGAAUCUCAGAAGAUAAUGGCGUUUGGGUUGGGAAGACGGGCGUGUCCUGGUUCCGGACUGGCUCAUCGGCUAGUAAACCUGACUCUUGGGUCAUUGAUUCAGUGUUUGGAAUGGGAGAGGCUUGGAGAAGAGAAAGUGGAUAUGAGUGAAAGGAAAGGAGGAACUAUGCCUAAAGCCAAGCCUCUUGAAGCCAUGUGCAGAGCACGUGCCUCUGUUGGUAACAUCUUCCACGAGGGAGCUUGAUUUUAGGACUUUCUGCAAGGAUUCCCAAAAAAAAAACAUUAAAUAAAUCCACUGUAAAUUUCCGACAAUGUUGAUAGUUGUUAACAAGUUACGGUCUGUUCAAUCUAAGAUUUGAGUUUGUGAUG